UCCAUCGGUGACCGCCUGAGGGCAGCAGAGCUCCUCGGUGACUUCCGGUGGCUGCGCGUGACGUAUGCGGAAGCGGCCGGCGGCAUCAUGUCCGUUUGUUUCGGCUGCGCGCGGGCUGCUGUUGUUAUUGAUGCUUCGGUCCAAACUCUCCCGAGAGCAUGACGUCAGUGGUCAGCGACACGGCCGCGGCGGUGGACCUGUGUCCCGAGCUCAACCUCUUCCUCAAACCCAUCGCCCGGCUCACGGUCAGCGUGGCUCUGCCUCACCUCAAGACGCCCGGUAAGUCCAUCUCCAACUGGGAGGUGAUGGAGCGGCUGAAGGCCAUGGUGCAUCCGGAGCAGUUCUCCUCGCUGCGCAUCUCCAAGAGCACCAUGGACUUCAUCCGCUUCGAGGGCGAGGUGGAGAACCGCAGCGCCGUCCGACGCUCGCUGGCCAAGCUGGACGCUAAGAGCAUCAAGCUGAGCGGCUUCACGGACGUCCUGAAGAUCCGCGCCGUCGAGCACAAGACCGACUUCCCCACCCGCCACGACUGGGACUCCUUCUUCAGAGACGCCAAGGACAUGAACGAGACGGUUCCCGGAGAGCGGCCGGACACCAUUCACCUGGAAGGACUGCCCUGCAAGUGGUUCUCUCCCAAGGACGGCUCUCCGGACAGACCCUCAGAGGCGGCGCUCCGGACGGUGUUCCAGCGCUUCGGGAAGAUCCGUAACGUGGACAUCCCCAUGCUGGAUCCGUACCGCGAGGAGAUGACCGGCAAGAACUUCAACACCUUCUCGUUCGGAGGACACCUGAACUUCGAGGGCUACGUCCAGUAUCAGGACCACACGGGCUUCGUCCGGGCCAUGGACUCGCUCCGGGGCAUGAAGCUGAUGCUGAAGGGAGACGACGGGAAGGCCGUGGCCUGCGGCAUCAAGGUGACGUUUGACACCUCCAAACACCUGAGCGAGUCGUCUCUGAAGAAACGUCAGCAGGAGCGUCUGAAGCUGCAGGAGCUGGAGAAACAGAGAGAGGAGCAGAAACGCCGGGAGAAAGAAGACGAGGAGCGCCGCAAAGAAGAGGAGAGGAAGCAGAGGGAGCAGGAGGAGGAGGAGAAGGAGAGGAGGAGAGAAGAGAAGCUGCGCAGACGAGAGCAGAAGCUGAAGGAGAAGGAGGAGAAGAAGACGCAGAAGAAGCUGAAGAAGCAGCAGGAGGAGGAGCAGAAGAAGCUCCAGCUGAAGAUCUCCAUGGAGGAGCGCAAGCUGCUUCUGGCUCAGAGGAACCUGGAGUCCAUCCGGCUGAUAGCUGAGCUGCUGAGCAGAGCCAAGAGGCUGAAGCAGCAGGAGCAGGAGCAGCAGCAGGCCGAGCGCAGACGUCUGCAGCAGCUGGAGGAGCGCAGACGUCUGCAGGAGGACGAGCUGCGGCGGGUCGAGGCCGAGAAAGCCCGGACGCUGGAGCUGCAGAGGAAAGAGCGGCAGCUGCGAGACAAACUGCUGGGAAACCUGCUCAAGAAGAGCGCAGACGCCGACUCCGUCUGCCUGGACCUGCAGAUCUGUGCCGCGCAGACGCAGACGCAGCACAGAGAGAGCGGCGGAGCGGCCAAGCAGGAGAAGAGCGGAGAGAGCGACGCAGAAGGAGGCAGACGGCGCAGGCGCAGUCGCAGCAGACAGAGACGCAGACGCAGCAGGAGACGCAGCCAGAGCAGCAGCAGCAGUCGCAGCCGCAGACGCUCUCGUCACCGGUCCAGACGACACUGAGACUCGCUCCUCCAGGUCACGUUCACCCUCAGAACAAACUAGAUCCUGUGUGAAGAAAGACAGGCCUGCUUUAGGAUCAUUUCCUGCUAAUGAUGAUUUUCAUGAGGCGCGUGAAGGCUGUUUUAUGAGUCUUUAUUAUUUUAUUAUUAUUAUUUUUUUUUAAUCCCAGCAAUGUUUUUUUAAAUGUAUCUUUUUUUCUUCUUCUUUUUUUAAAAGCUUUAGUUUUAUUUAUUAAAGAUUCAGAUAGUUUUUCUCCAGCAGUCGAUGUUGCCUCUUUGAGUAUUAUUAAGAUUUGAUUUAUUCUUAAUUAUUUCAAUUUUUUUUUCUCUAGGAAAAACCCCCCCCAUAUAAACCCAUUUUUUGUUUGUUUAUUUUCAUAUAAAUCUUUAACGUUUAUUUUAUUUUGUUUGUUCUUUCAGUUUUAUUUCAAAUGGUUUAUAGUUUACUUAUAGCUUCUUCAUUUCUGUAAUAAAUUCAUAAAUGUUGCUUUCGAUUGGUUUGUGAUUCUCAUCAGAUUUUUGAACACUAAAUAAUAAAAAAAAAAACAUAAUAGCAUGAUGACAUUUUUUCUUUUACUUGAACUGAUGAGAAUCAGAAAAUGUGCAUCAUUUCCAAGAAAGUAAUGUCAAAGCGAUACAGUGCCGAACAUCAGGCCUUCUUUAAUAUCAUUUCUUCAGUUUUUGUGGUGAAAUAAGACCUGGAUGGUUUUCCGACGGCGUCCUGUGACUGUUUUCUGGACGUGUUCAUGCGUUUCUUUGGUUCUCCGUCCUUCUUCAGCUUCUUCAGACCACGGUCCUCCGUUCACGACUGAAUUUUACGUCAUAGAAAGUGUUACGAGACUUUUAUUGUUUGUAUUAUUCGUUCAUUUCAAGCACGUCUUCUGUGUAAGAAAAGGAAGGUUUAGAUGAAAGCACAUGUUUGAAGUUAUUUGUUAUUCUCUUCUGAUCUCAAUAAAGCAGUGCUUUGGAUCCCA